UGUUUUGUUAAAAAAAUGAGAAUCAUGUGAGAAUCGUGAUCUUAUUUCUCAUGGAGAAAAAUUGUGAUUCACAUUUUAGCAAGAACAAAACAUGUUGGCAUGUUGUGGUUUCCUGUGGGCAGAUCUUCUACUUUCUUAAUUCGGAUACUUGAGAGUUCUUGUGUCUUUUCUCUCACUUGCUGUAAUGGAGUUGUUCAUCAUCACUCUUCUGCAUCUUCUUAUGCAGGUUCAGUCAGAAAGUGUCUCUCAGGCCAAGUUGUCAGUGUCUUCUUCAGUUAUCAUGGACACAGACACAGUACAGCUGGAGUGUAGGAACAGUGAGAAUCAGAAGAUGAAAGGGUGUUACUUCACAACGGAGGGAAGAGGCAGUUUGGCGAGUGGAAGAUGUCAACUAUCACUCACUGGAUUUGAAAUCAUUGAAUGGUCAGGAGGUCAGAGGUCAGAAGUCACCAUAGCCUGCCACUACACUGCGUAUAUAUCACAAGUGUACGUAUCAUCUCCAAGUUCAGAUCCAGUAACAGUAACAGUUCAGGGUUUUCGUCAGGCAAAGUUGUCAGCGUCUUCUUCAGUUAUCAUGGACAGAGACACAGUACAGCUGGAGUGUAGUAACAGUGAGAAUCAGAUGAUGAAGGAGUGUUACUUCAUAAUAGAUGGAAGAGAAAAUAACAGGAAACAGAGCAAAUCAUGUCAACUAUCACUCACUGGAUUUGACAUUAGUAUUUGGUCGGGAGGUCAGAGGUCAUCUGUCAUCAUAACCUGCUACUACAAUGCGUAUAAAUUAAACUUUCUCAUGGCAUCUUCACGUUCAGAUCCAGUAACAGUUCACAUUUCCACAUCAACCACCACUGUGCGUACAACAACAACAACAGUCACGACAACUUCAGUAGCUGUAGUGCCCACAUCUAGAGUAACAACAUACCACCCAGCUGAAACCACAACAUACCCUGAAGUUCCAACCACAAAAUACUAUACACCUGGCUAUAUGCUGAUAGUAGUGGUGAUUUCUGUCAUAGCCAUAUUUAUAAUUGCAUCCAUUGGAAUCAUCUGUCUGAGCCAAUUUUACUGCACUGAGAAAUGUCUCCAUUCCUGCUUAGUGACAGAAAACUUUUCUAAAGAUUCAGGAUCUGAUGAUGUUUAUACAACAGUGGUCUACUACAGCACAUCAACCUGGCAACCUCAGAGCACUGAAGAUCUCAAAGUCUUCUCAAAGUGUCAUUACAGUCAUACGAGCUGAGAACAUGAAAUUUAAUCCUACUUCCAAAUUUGAGUAUAAAUGCAAAAAAAAGCUAAGAAUCACUCAGACUGGAUUCGUUUUACAGGGGGACCUCUGAGAAAAUCAUGCUCCUCAGAGGUCCUCUGUGGUUUUUAUCCAUUCCGAAUUGGCCAUGUCUGUGUUUUGCUCUCAUGACCUCUGUAAAAACUCCAGAAAAUAAAUAGAAAUACAGCAAAAAUGUAUUUGGUCUUUCAAUCACAUUCAUUAUUUGUUUUGUUCCAUCAGCAUUAUGAAUUUCAU